ACCUCCUCAACGUUUUCUCGCUUUCUCUUCUGCGCUUCCUUUUCUCUCUCUGACAGAUUUGCCGCUUCAUUGCUUUCCUUUUUCACACUCUGCCCCCUUCUCUUUUUAAGCUCUGUUGUAUUUCUCAGCUUCAUUCUCAUCUUCGUUGUUCUUGCUCUUACUCGGCCUACACAUUACCUUCCUUUCUCUCUCUCCGUUUGGCCGCCUAGAAAAUUACCGAGAAAAAGAGAUACUGUAGCUGAAAUAUCCUUACCAAACAGUCAGUGCAAUCUAUUUUUUCUGGUUGCUCUGUUAUUCUGCUGGCUGUCGAACUAUACAUCGGUUCGUGCUUUACUUGGUGUUAGUUUUGUUACUGGUUUGUUUCGUUUCUGAAGAUUUGGCUCCUGGAACCUGCAUUCGGAGGAUUAUGAGUUUUCUCAUUUCCUUUUUCUUCUGUUUGGAGCUCGUAUAUUAGUUUAGAAGUAUUCGGUCAUAUUUUGAAUAUUAGAAGCCGGUCAAAAUUGGGCUUUAGUUCUUAAUCUUCGUCGGCCUACACAUUUCCGUCCUUCCUCUCCCUGUUUGACUGCCGGGAAAGUUACUGACAUAAGAUUCUUUAAUUGAUUAUUCUACCAAGCUGUCCGGGAGCUUGGCAGUUGAUGGACUGUUACCCUAAGAGUAGUGACAAGAAAACAUUGAAGAAGUGGUUUUUUAUUGAUAAAAGAGUUGGUUGAAGUGAAAAUUUGAUAUUGGCUCAAUUGCCGAUCAAUACGCUACUAGUUUCUUAAAUUCCUGCUGCUCUACAAAUUAAUCUACAAAACUGGAUCCAAUGGACCUGAAGUCAAAUCAUACUCCUGUUCUUACUGAUGCUGCACCCAUAACGAAAUCGAGAUUGGGCGUGCAUUCCAGUCUGUUGCCUUAUUCUCCAACAGGGGCAGCUUUUCCAUCUGCCCUGCUUCUGACAAUCCCUAGGAAGAAGGCAGGAUUUCUUGAUGAUGUUCGUUCUAGUGGUUGGCUGGAUGCCAUGAAAUCAUCUUCUCCUACAGCCAAGAAGAUAACAAAGGAUAUUAAUCAUGGUUUUGCAUCGUCUGAUGCUGAUAGCGCUUACGCUACCUGGCUGCUAAAGUAUCCAUCAGCACUUACGUCUUUUGAGCAAAUUGCAAACUAUGCAAAAGGCAAGAGAAUAGCAUUGUUUUUGGAUUAUGAUGGAACUCUUUCACCAAUUGUGGAUAAUCCUGACUGUGCUUUCAUGUCUGACAAUAUGCGUGCUGCUGUUAAAAAAGUGGCAGAGCUUUUUCCCACUGCAAUAAUUAGUGGAAGAAGCCGUGACAAGGUAUAUGAAUUUGUAGGACUAACUGAACUCCAUUACGCUGGUAGCCAUGGGAUGGAUAUCAUUGGUCCUGUCAGACAAUCUGUAUCUGAUAACCAUCCUAAUUGCAUUAGGUCUACUGACAAUCAGGGAAAGGAAGUUAAUUUAUUCCAACCUGCUGCUGAAUUCUUGCCCAUGAUUGAUGAGGUGUUUAAUUCCCUUAUUGAAUGUACAAAAGACAUUAAAGGUGUAAAAGUUGAGAGCAACAAAUUUUGUGUCUCUGUACACUAUCGCAACGUAGAGGAGAAGAAUUGGAAUAUGGUGGGGCAAAAAGUCCAUGAUAUUCUGAAAGACUAUCCACGCUUGCGAUUGACCCAUGGGCGCAAGGUUUUAGAGGUCCGACCAGUGAUCAACUGGGAUAAGGGCAAAGCUGUCACAUUUUUACUUGAGUCACUUGGGCUUAGCAACUGUGAUGAUGUGCUCCCUAUAUAUGUUGGAGAUGAUCGGACUGAUGAAGAUGCUUUUAAGGUUUUGAGGGAGGGGAAUAAAGGUUAUGGCAUCCUAGUUGCUUCUGCACCGAAGGAAAGCAAUGCAGUCUACUCUCUCCGUGAUCCAUCAGAGGUCAUGGAAUUUCUCAAGUCUCUUGUGUUUUGGAACUCAGGCCUCCUUAAAAGUUACAUAUAGGGAGGAGAAUAUAGUCUACUAUAUAUCUAAUAAAGAUAGUUUUAUGUUUCAAGAUUUUUGGGUCUCCAAGCAAAGUACUCCAGGAGGUUUCUUGGAGCGGAUUUCAGCACAGAAGCCUCUCAUGGAAAAGCAUAGUCUCUGCCUGUAGUAACUGUAAAUUCUUGGCUCAUAAUUAUUUCAUAAAGUAUUACAGAAAUAUGUGCUGAGGGUACUUUCCUAUCAGAGUAUAUUAAUGUUCAAUUCAUCUCACUUUCUUUGUCAAUUUUGGUCAUUUUCUCUGAUUGUUCAUUCAUGGGUUCCACGAGAAACUACUCAUUUGUUAAUUCUUUUAUAUGUAGAAUGAUAUACAUAAAUUACAUUUUUAAAUAAGCUUAGUGGCCAUUGCGUGAAUGUUGCCUAA